AUGAUAACAGGUGGUUUCGAAGUUUUGGUCAACUCACAGUACAUGAUUGAAGUGAACAAAGCUUUGGAAGGAAAGGCGCUGACUGGUUCCGCAUUCCGUAAUUUAACUAUGAAAACUAUGAUGCAUUGUUUUCUGGCUUGUCUUAAAGACUGUCUAUGUAUCUCGUUUCAAAUGUGUAAUGAAACAGAAUGUCAAUUAUUGUCAUCCAGUCAAUUUCAAUCAACAUUGGAUACUAUCAAAGGAUGCACUUAUUAUAACAUGGUUCCACCUUCCAAACAAGUAUGUAAUUGUUAUUAUGAUAGUUCAGUUUGGUUUUUUAAAAUUUAACCUUCUUGAUUUGUGUACUUUUUUUGUUAAUUAGUUUGUUGUUCUUUUUUUCCCUAUUUUUUAAAUCAAAUUUGGCAUUGUUAGUCGUACUUUUUCCUUUUGGCAUUUUUUUGUACUUCUCUAUUCCGUUGUUCCUUGUGCGUUACUUGUCUGUAUCACUGAGAACGUAUCUGACAGAAAAUGUUGCUCCUCAGUCCUCACUGCUACAUCUACGCUGCUCUUCAUGUGGGUGGCAACACUCUUUCAACACUUCGACAAAAAUUAAAAAUUAUCAUGAAGUAAACAGGAAAAUUGUUUAUAGAAUGAGUGCUAUUAUAUUAGCGAAGGAGCAGAAUCUGACACGAAAUUUUGUUGCUUAAUGGACAUGCCUCCACCACCCAAGCCUAAAGCCUCGCAACAAAGCCAACGGUAUACAAAUAAGUACAAAACAGGUCCUGGUCUCCCGUGACCGAUGAUCAGGGAGGUCAAAUCAAUCGUUGCCAGGUUAAGUAACGAUAGUUUGCUUGAUAAAUGUUUUUAUGGGAAGACUCAAAACCAGAAUGAGUCUCUAAAAUGCAGCCAUUCGGUAUAAUCUUCCAAAGGGUGUGUUUGUCGGAAAUAGUAACACACUGCAUCUUGCAAUUGAUGAAAUAAUGUUAUGGCGAAAAUCAAUAUUGGCUCCUAAGUAUCAUUAAAUAUUUUGAAAAGAGCAGGAAUGAAGCCAGGGAAGUUAUAUACAAAAGAGAUUGGGAACCGAUUGAAUCAAGCCCAUUUAAUUAACUAAAUCGGUGGAUAAGUCAAAAUUAAAUAACACUCUCAUAUUUCUCGUUAAUUAGUCAAUUUAAAUAUUGUGCACUGAAUAUGUGGUUGUGAACAUUAUCGUUCUAUUAAGGUUUAAAACUUUUAGUUUGGUUGUUGAAUCUUAUAUAGACUUGCUUAACUACCAUUUGGACCGGCUGUAUAUCAAUCACGUUUAGCUUUAGAUGUAGAGAUCUUGUUAGAGUGAAGAAAGCUAACUACAAAGUAAAGGACAAGAUUAAAUUACGCAGAUUAGGGAUACGGCAAUAUUUUUUUUAUUAUUUCAUUUGGAAGAACUUUUAAAAUUAUAUGUUAAUCUCUUUUACCGAUUUAGCGUAACUUUAUUAUUUCUUGAGAUAUUUGAACAGAAAAAAUCACAAAUCAGCGAGCUUUCCGCCAUCUUGGAUUUUGGCAGAUAUGCAUGUGACAUCAUAAGCAGGGUCACGCAAGAAUUUUAUCCAUAGAGCAAUUGGUUAUUAUGAUCGAGCCCAAAAAUCAUAUACUUCAGUAACUAUUUGAAAUAAAAAACUGUCUGGUGACUUUUCAAACAAGACUUAAUGUUAUUUGGUCAUUUAGAUGUAGUUUUAUCUGGCUAACCCUGCUGUAUGACGUCACUAAAAUCACCGACAUUGAGAUAAAAAUUAAUCCAAGAUGGCGGACAGCAAAUUAUUUUAAGUCAAAAUAUUUCAAGAAAUAAUAAAGUUACGUAAAAUCGGUAAAGGAGAUUAACAUAUAAUUUUAAAAGUUCUUUAAAAUGAAAUAAUAAAAAAUAUAUUGCCCUAUCCCUUUAAAGUACGCACAAACGUUACGCAACUGCCGUUGCUAUGACAACAAUGACGUUUCAAGAUGGCGGAUCUUUAGCUUGUGGUAUGUUUUGCUACCGGAAAAUGGUAUAUAUAACCACCGUUGCGACCAUCUAACUAAUACAGCGUAAAAAACACCACUUCAAAGCUUUUAUCGUUAUAUUUUUGUUCCUUUUUAUUCAGGAGCAGUUUUACGUUUAUAAAUUAGCUCAAUUAUAUGUUUAUCUUGUAUUUUAGGUUUUAUAUCUAUGGUUUUAUUUAUACAGCCCACGAUGUGGCAUCCAAUAUUAAUGGUGUGGACGCGUGUUAUAAUUGGAGAGUGGUACUAGUGCUGCAGGAACAAAAUAACAAAUUUAAUAUUUUAUAGUGUUUUAUAACAGUUAAUAGUAUGCAUAAAAGUAUUACUCGAUUGUGAUUGGUUGAUUUCAGUGCAGUUAAUCCCAAACAACAGUGCAAAAAUCUGUAAUCACAGUGCAAAUUUCUGUAAUCACAGUGCAAUUUUCUGUAAUCACAGUGCAAUUUUCUGUAAUCACAGUGCAAUUUUCUGUAAUCACAGUGCAAUUUUCUGUAAUCACGGUGCAAUUUUCUGUUAUCACUAUGAACCAAUCAAAAUUGAGCUACAUUUUGGCGGCAAAAUCUUCUUUUUUUUUUCAAAACAAACAUGGCCGCAUUUAUUGCUGCCGUAGGCAGCCACCUAUUCUUGACGAUGUGUUUUUCUCGCACCAGUCCGUUUCCGGUUGGCCGAGUUAUGUAUAGCCGAGCGACAACUCGAUUUUAUUUGCAUGUACGAAUGUACGGAUGAUCAGAUUUAUGACGUAUUUUGACGUCACAGAAAUUUAAAAAAAUAACAUACUCCAGAUCGCGAUUUGACUUUCCGAAUAUCCCGGUUGAACUUCGCGAACACCACCAUGGACAAUGACAAUUUGUAAACACGUUACAUGUGCGCAUAAUGGCCUCUGUAUAAUGGCAUAGUCUCAUCGCAAUUCGCAAAUGGACUCUGACUGUUAAAUAAAAUGGUUUUCAAGGUAAGAUGAAAGUUUGAUCACAAAUAACAAUGUGUAUUGGUCGAUACGCGUUGAAACUUGAAGCGAAUGAAUUAACUGUAUUUAAAUUAUUACAUUUUUAGGUGCAUACAAGUCUUCAUAGUAAACAAGUGGACUUCGUCGAUAUUUUAUAUCAGUUUGUAAAAAAUCUGAUUGAGCUUGAUCGUAGGCUUGAUGGAACAUCGUACUUCUAAGGGAUAAAUAAUCACAGAGAGAGUUUAUUAUUGUUAUUGUUAUUUUGGCAAUAUCAAUUGAGGCAUUGAGCAGUAUCGUAAAAUUGUCUGUCUUGCACAAAGAUAGUCCUAUAGCAACCCAGUGUGGAUUGUUGUCUGCACAUAUUAACUUACCAGCAGUUACAUGUAAAUAACAUGUCAACCGACGUUUGUAAAAGGUAUGACGGUCUGUAAAAAUGUAUCUCUGAGAUAUGUCAUAUGUCCAUUGUUUAAUAGCAUAAUAUGAAAUAAUCCUACCAGCCUACAUUUAUAUAUUCACCUGGCUGUCACUACAGUACUCAGAGACAGAGUAUACUAUAUUUUUUGAUAAUGCUCACAAUCGUAUUAUAUAGUUUUGCAGUUCUGACUGAGUACAAUCUUAGGGGCUGAUUACAUGGAGAGUUUUCAGCCCGGGCUGAGUUUCAGCCGGGUUAUUAAAAUGAGCUGAAAUUGCAUCACAAUUACAUGAGCAGUUUGAGCCCGGACUGAGUUUAGGGACCGGUCAUUAUUUAUGGAAGGGGGGGGGAGAGAAAAUAAGGGGGGGCCAUAUGUAGAAAUAAAUGACUAGAAGGGGGGCUAUUAAAUUUUUUCAAGAAAAUGAUUGGGGGGGGGGGUGUUGCAAUUAAAUUUGAAGGAAUUUGCUUAAUAACCUAGUAUCCAUUUGGUUGUAAAUGUUGCAACUAAAUCAUGGUCACUGAUGUGAAAUAGUCUGGAUUCAUCUUGUAUUGUGUGUGCUGUAUGCAAAUCAGUCUUUACGGAUUGCAGACUAGUUAAAUUGACAAUGUAUUAUUACAUCAGCUCUUGAUGUGGUUAAAUACAUUUAAAUUAAGCAAGGUUAACGGCGGAUGUAUUAUGCAGGCCACAUCUGCUGAGGGGAGUCUGUGACGUCAUAUCGAUCAAAGGGGGUUGUUUCAUGCCUUGUGAUCAGUGCUUCGGUCUGGGUAUUCAUUCUGCCAUUGUAUGCUUUGCCUAGCUGCAGCAAGUUUUGCGCUUCGAUACCUUUUCCCCACCCACCCACCCAUGUUCAUUCUAAAGGAUUUUAUCUGGUAGCUAGUAUAUGUCAUUUUAUUUUAUAUAAUUUUUAAUCUCACAUAAAAUAGGAUGUAUAGACCACUAUACAUUGUAUUUCGCAGGUAUGCCUUGGCAGAAUUGUCAUUGCUAUCUCCUUUUGCUGCUAAUAUUACUGAUUGCUGCUCUCAUUGUUGCUGCGCAGCUGCUAUGGCAAUACUUCGUACCAUCAAGUCUAGUUGCAGCCUUAAACAUGGUUACAAUCGCCCAGACCAAAUGGAAACCUGAUUUUAGUGUUAUAUAUAAAAAUACUCCUCUUUUAAUUAUAAUUUUCUGCUAAUAUAUAUUUUUAGUCGAUGUUAAUAUCUUGCCAGUUCCAUAUUCUUAUUUAAUAAUUAACACUAUAACGCCUGGGUAUCCCCAUUCGGCAUUCGACGAGUAAAAAUGAAAAUGGGGGGGUCAAAGAAAAAUAUUCUAAUAUGCAGGGGGGGUCAUCAUUAAAUUUCUGCCAUUUAGGGGGGGGGCUUUCAAUUUUAAAAAUUUAGAAAAGAAAAAAUUCCCCUCCCCCCCCUUCCAUAAAUAAUGACCGGUCCCUUAUGAGAGAUUUACGAUUGUAUAUGUAUGUAAAGAAAAACAUUCAAUAAAGUUUCCAUUAUUUAUAAUCAUAAAAAGAACCUCAAAAACAACGUAAAACGGAAGAAGGAUAAAUAUAGAGAAUUAUUGAGACAGCUAGGUAAAAAUUUUAACCAAGUUAAAUUUAUAAAUCUCUCCAUCAGCUCUUUAAGUAUUUUUGCAGAAGAAUGUUAUACAUUUUUAGACAUGUUAGAAGGUAUUGGUCUUGACAAAAACCACCAAAUGUACUGCGUUAGGAAAAUGAUGACUAUUGCUAUUAGAACUACAUAUUACAUUUUUUGUUGCCGAAAUAAGGAAUGGGAAAAUCCGGAUUUACUAACAAUUUGACUUAUCUCAUUGUAUAUAUAUAUAUUGCAUGCACUUUGCUCUGUUAUUUUAGUAUAAUUGUGAUUCAAAUAGCCAACCGUAAGUUACCUUUAUGAGAGAGAUUUACGAUUGUAUAUGUAUAUGUAAAGAAAAACAUUUAAUAAAGUUUCCAUUAUUAAUAGAUUAUUAUUAUUAUAUAUGUAAGUGAAUUAGAUGGCAACAGAUAUUAUUAAACACACAUUCACUUGUUUGGUCUAGCUAGUAUACCAGGUUGGAAUAAUUGCAGGAAGUCUGCCACAUAUUUUACGCCAGGAAAAUAUAUUUUUGUACGCCAGGCUAAAAAUGAUAAAAUUUGCCGAUGUUGUUUCAGAUAUUGCACUACAUCGCGUUUUUUAAUAUAUAAACAAUGUUUAUGUGUUACAAAAUACUGUUACUUUUAUUGGAAUUAUUAAUAUGGAUGCAGAUCUUUUAUGCUGCAUCUAAGGAUCUCAUGUGGAUUGAAUUAUUUAAUAGCAACAGAUAUAUAGCAAUAUUAAAACUCAAAUUGAAACACCCAAUUCAAUUCAAAACUCAAAAUGUUAUUAUAAACUAAAGUUCUUCAUUUUAAAUCCUUUCUAGGGACAAUUCUCUGUUGAUAUGAGCAGUUUGACAAAGGAGAAUAAUGUUGUAAAAAUCAAAGAAAUUCAGCAAUUAUUUCUAGCUAGUCUUUUAAAGCCUGGUGAAAAUCCACUUCCAAAAUGGGCAAGUUUUGAAAGGUCACAGAUCAAUAGAAUUGCAGUUGUUUUAUUAAAAUAUGUCUCAGCCAAAAUCUUUUCAGACAAUGAGGAUUGUAUGUUGAACUUGAGCCAAAUGUUUGAUGUGGUAGGUAAAAAUAUAUAUGUACUUAGAGGUGGAGAUAUUCCCCUCCCUGGACAUGCUGGGUGCCAUUUUAGAGGUAUGCCCCUGACAUUCUAAGAGUAUAUUAUACCAUACCCCUAGCAUUCUAGGUAUAUGUGUCCCCCUAACCCCAUUUGGGUUGAGUCCCCAAUGGACAUUAUAUAUUCAGUAUAGGAGUAUGUAUGUCCCCCAGACACGUUUGGACUAUGCCGCCCCCCCCCGACCAUGCAACAUCCUAGAGUAUGUCCUGCCCUGAAACCCCCUAUAUCUUACAAAAUGGUCCAUGUUACUAGAGUCCUUUGCAAAAACAAAAAUAUGCUGGCUUGUUUAGUGCUAGCUUCCCUUCACGAGUAAAAUUGUCUGGCAUUAGACAGAGUAAAAUAAGGGUGCAAUGUAACAUAAUGAGGUGAGGUUAAGGAAUGAUAUUUGAAAUUCAUGUUGGUUUCCUUUCUAGGUAUUUCCAUAUUCAAACGAAGGUCAUCAUGUGUAUGUUGAGUCUCCAGCACACUCGUUAUUGAGUGUCGUUCAGAAGAACACAAAAACUUCAAAAGGUGAUCUUUUGUUUUUUCUUGAAGUUGUUUAUUUUCUUUGUUUCAUGUUUUGACUUCUUUUCAGUCACAAGAAAUGCCUUAACUCUUCAUGCCAAAGAUUAUGUCUUAACUGAAAAUCAGCUUAUCAAAAAUGAUUUUCUCAUACCUGGAUUGUCCAAAGGUAAUUCUUUUCAUCAUUUACAGUAAUCUAAAGUAUUUGCAGCAAAAAAUGAAGAGAUGUGGUUUCACUUUCUUCUGAACAGGGUUCAUACAAACCUUGAAAGUCCUUGAAUGUUCUUGAGUUUGAAAACAAAAAUUCAAGGCCUUGAAUGUCCUGGAAUUUGUAAAGAAGUACUUGAAAGUCCUUCAAUUUUUCUUGCUUUAUUUUUUUGAUGUUUUCUGAAAUUGUUUGACAUUCAAAGCAAUCAUUUUGUUGAAUUGAUUUUGCAUGUUCAUAUCUGACAAAGCUGUUUGAAACUUGUGUUUCGUAAAAGUUGCGUUUUGAACAAUUCAACGCCAUAUUUUGCUGAUUUCUAACCCCUUUUCUUCAGUAUUUAGUCCUUGAAUUUGCUGAUACAUGGCAUUGAAUGUUCUUGAAAAGUCCUUGCAUGUACGAACCCUGUCUUAAGUUGACCAUCAUUUGCUGACCUGCAACAGUUUCCCUUGGUGGCCACCAAUUGUUGUAACCUUUUCAAUUUCUUUAGAUGCAGACAAUGUUUCUACAAUACCUCUGAGCUCCACAGCAGAACUAUCUUGUUCAAGUCAGAUUUUUGCUCUAGACUGUGAAAUGGUGAGAUUAUAAGAAAUACAUCGCACUGAAUGUAUGUUGUGUUGAAAAACGUCACUUUAGGUCAAGCACUUUUUAUACACUUUGCAUUUUAAUAAACUUCUUGUGUAUGGUAUAACUUCUCAAACAAACAAACCAGUACUCAAAGCAAAAUUUGAGUUAACUAUGAUAUGAAAAUAACAACAAUAUGGUACUGAUUUCUUUUGUUUUGCUGAUGAAUUAAUAAUGAUCUCUAUAUUCAUUACAGUGUCAGUCUUCAAGGGGUAAAGAAUUGACACGGAUCUCUGUGGUAGAUUCAACACAUCAAGUUAUUUAUGACACUUUAGUGAAGCCAGAGAAUCCAAUCAUUGACUACUUAACAAGGUUGGUUGCUCAACAAAAACUUAACACACGACAGAUCAAGCUGGAAAAAAUUCAUGACAAGAAUAUUUUAAUCAUAGUCAUAUACGAAAAGACAGAACACCAAGACUUUGGCAGGGUUUUCUCAAUUUAUGCUAGGAUGUUAAUCUGAGUGACUUACUUGCGUUGACCUUGAUGUGUUUGAAAACUCAUGCAAAGUGGUUGGUCCUCUCUUAUGCAUCGUGGGUUUUUUUUCCCAGUGUGACUACUUUUAGAUAACGUGACUCCAUGUCAGAAAUUGCGUAGCAACAAAAAUUACCUUGUUUGACCAUUGGCUGUACUCUUUAGAUUCAGUGGUAUAACAGAGCACGACCUUUGUAACGUUACAACGACUUUAAAAGAUGUUCAAGAAAAAUUAAAAGAAAUUAUUCCUCCUGAUGCUAUUUUGGUUGGACAUUCUCUCGAGUUCGACUUCGCCUCGCUUCAGGUAAGUAGAACUCUCUUUCAUUGCUGAGUAAAAUUAUCUGACGUUUUCCGAUGCUGGUCGAAAUGUUGAUGCUUAUAUACAGUAGCAGCAAGAAAAUGAAUACUACAUCUGUCAAUCUUAUAUAUUUGCCACCAUCCAAAUACAAGAGUCAAGACUACUACAUAGAAUGAAACGAAGUCAAAUUAUUUUCUCACUCUGAUAACUGCAGGUUGACGACCAUCUGCUGCACGAUAGAGCUUAGUAAAAUCUAUAUUAAGUAAUGGGUUGAUUUGGAAAUACUGUAAUUCUUAUUUGUCUCUAGUUUUUCCACAAUAAAGUCAUAGACACUUCAGUAAUUUAUGGAGACAGUCGUGGAAUGGGUUUCAAACCAAGUUUAAAGUAUCUGGCAAAGAAAUAUUUAGAGUAAGUUAACGUAGGUUCCUCUAUAAGUGAUAUUGACAAAGUGUGAAGAAUAGGCCGUUUGCAUAACGUCAUAAAUAUUUUAAAACAAUGAGUAACUGGAUGACAUGGAAAACAGUGGGAUUUUCAAAACAAUGAAAAGACAAUGGAACAUUCUGGUCACUGGAUCAUGACUGGAUGGGCUGGAGAACAGUGGGAUUUUGAAAACAAUGAAAAGACAAUGGAACAUUUCAAUCACUGGAUGACUGUUGUUGUGCUACGUGUCCUACAGAGGAACAUUAUUCAAUGAAAUACUUCAUGUUCCCAGAGAGAAAAUUCAAGACAAUUCAAAUGGUCACUGCUCAAUAGAAGACGCCAGGACGUGUAUGCAUCUGGUGCAGCUCAAAAUAACCAAAGGUAGCAUUGUUCAAAUGUUUCGUAUGUUUAUAGCGAGCUUCAUUAAGCGACUUCGCAACUAUUGACACUUUAGUAGGACAUAUGAGUAGGAGAAAGAGAAUUGAAAUACAACUACAACUCCCUAUAUGUUUAGGUCCAGAUUUUGGAUUGGAGGAUGUUCGUGAUGAAAUAAGGUAAUAAUACUGCCUUGUGUCUGAACUAUAUUACUUGGAAAAGAGAUAUAAAACGCUUCCAAGUUUCGAAGGAGUACCUUGUAGUUCGUACCACUUAGAUAAUACCAUCAAUGAGGAUUGUCUUUGCUUCUAAAUAAAGUAAAACUGCAUUACAUUUUCUUUUAGUUUGUUUGACCAUUUGCGUGAAAAAUCAACAAAGACAGGUUGGUGUUCAUAGUAUAUGAACGCGCAUGAGCUUCGUUCGAAUGUAUAUAAUUGUAGUACUGAAAUACUGAAGCUUUUGUAGGAGUAAUGGUUGAUAGAAAAGCAAAUAUCAAACAGUAUUCAGGAUGUGCGGAUUCAAUACCUUGUUCAAGUGAUGAGGAGGUGAGACGCUUAACUUUCUAAAAAGACUUACCAGGGCUCAAAAUAACUGGAGAUGGAUCUGCAUGCGGUCAAAAUGACCUGUCACCGACCUUUAGCUCGGUCAAAAUCUGUUUUUGAUCCAUUAUUGAUACGCUUACACUAACAGUGAAACAAACUAUAGAAACUUGUAUCAUAGUUUCAUGUAAGGCAUGAAAAUGUGGCUGGUCAAAAUGACCGGUGAGGUAAAAAAGUGACGGAUCAAGACGUCAUUUUUGGGUGGUCAUUGUCCAUUGACCGGCCGUUAUUUUGAUCUCUGCCAGCGGUUUCCUCCUGUAGUAACACUGGACAACACUGGACCAAUUGGGGAUUGCACGUACUAACUUGACGUCUAAGGAGAAGAGUAUAUACAUACGCUGAUAGAUCCAGUAUAAAUAUACUAAUUGAACAUAUUGUACAUGUAGGUGGUAGAACAUCUCAUCAAAGCUUUACCCAAAUAUGAUAUUAUUUGGUCGCAAUUUCAUAACAUGGAUUCAUUAAAACCUGGCACAGCUAAUAAACAAGAGAAUGUGAAGGUGCUCGUGACACUUUAUGAUGAUUUUGUUCAAUAUUUACAUUACUUUACAUAUUUACUGCUCAGACGAGGAUGAGAGUUGCAACUUCCGCUUGUAUUUGACCAUCAACUCUCAUCGACUCUCAUACACUUUCAUUGACUUUGAGCUGGCUCAAAUUUUAUUGAGAGUUGAUGAGAGUCUUGGCAGUAAUAUCCAGUCAAGUAGUCAACUCUCAUCAACUCUUGAUCUCGUUUGACCGGGAUAUGAGAGUUGCAAACUCUCACUUCUCAGACUUCUCAACUCUCAUCAACUCUCAUGCAACUCUUGUUCUCGUUUGACCGGGGCAUGAGAGUUUAGAAAACUCUCAUGCAAACUCUCGCUUCUCAACUCUCAUGCAACUCUUGUUCUCGUUUGACCGGGACAUGAGAGUUGAGAACACUCUCAUGCAUGCAAACUCUCGCUUCUCAACUCUCAUGCAACUCUUGUUCUCGUUUGACCAAGGCUUUAAAACAUAAUCACUCAAAUCACUGAGUAGUCCCAGUUUACUUAUUCCUUUAUUUCAGUCACUACUGCAAAAAAUGGACACGAAUCUUGCAGAGAUUCAUGAAAAUCUCCCCAAAGGAACUCUGUUUGUUGUCAUCCUGGGCGCCGCUGAUACCUCCAGGAUAAAAAGGUGGGUUGUCGUGACGAAGAAACCUUUUUCCCCAAAACUUGGACCUCAGACACAAACCACGGCAGUUUUUUAUUUUGUAGGUUACGUGAAAAUGGGGCUCAAAACCACGUCGUCAAAAAAGCAGUCAAGGAAAUCAAGCGUGGUCUAUGUUUUAUAAAACUUGUGUGA